AUGGAUGUGGAAGAUGACAACAUGGUUCACGACCAGUACGACUUUAUGCUGCAGUUUUCUUGCUAUGUGCUGGCUGAUAAGCUGCAAGCAAGUGGAUUCAAAUGCUACAUCAUGGAUGAGAUUCGGUGUCAUGAAGAGUUCUGUGACCCGAUUAACUUGACUGUGGAUCACAUCCGGUAUGCCUACGACAACACAGUCAGGCAGAAUGAUCCUUUACGGCGACUUUGUCCCAUGAUCAGGUGUAAACGGAUAUCCAUUUGGCAAAUUAUCAAUGAUUUCAAGUUCAUUGCUCUCAUGGAAGAAGGAGGGGCGUUUGUGAGAGACAUGAUGCAGAUGUCUUGGAAGCUGACUCUUAAAACAGAGGGAGCAAAUGAAGAGACAACUUAG